AUGUCCUCCAAAGAAGAAGAAGGGCGCAAGAUGGUCGAAUCGACUCGUGUUAAAGAGACAAGCUUAGAGGAAAACUUAGACGAUGAAGCAAACAUACGAUGGGAGUUAGUUUCUGGUGGACUUGGGGUUGAUCAUGGGAACCCGACUCAUCACAACGGAACAACAGCACAGUUGAACACAUACAAUAAUGGAUUUUACCAUAACCAUAAGCCGGUUAAAGAGAGCAAGGUCGGGGAACUGAGCUAUUUAGAAGAUAACACAAGGGCAAAGACCCGUUACCAAAAACUCAUAAAACAGUAUAAGGUAUGA